CCCCACAUCUCUCUCUCUUCUCUCCUCUCUCUCCUCCUUAUCCAAAUUCCGCCAUUGUUGUACCUGUGUUGUCAUCUUCACAUCAUCGUGCCCUUGCCCUGCCGCAACAAUGGCGGUAUUCGCCGGCUCUACGUUAGGUUCUGUAUCUUUCCUCUCUCACCUUUUUGACCCUCACGCUUCGUCUCUCUCCUUCCCUCUCAGACUCUUCUCUUCCUCGUCCUCCACUUCUUCUUCUUCUUCCCACGUAAAUCACUCCCUCUGCGUCUCCAAGUCCUUCUCUGGUUCCGCCACCGCAGAGACAGACAGGAAUUCCGACCAAUCCUCCGUCUCCGGUUCCGAUUUUGGUCUCCUGGAUUCCUCCGGUGGUGUCCGACAUGAUCAGAAGCAGAAGUCUGCCGAGUGGGAAGCAGCGAGGGCUUACUGCGAGAAUGGAGACGUCUUCGAAGGUCGAGUCGAAGGCUUUAAUGGCGGAGGACUGCUUGUUUGGUUCUAUUCUCUUGUGGGUUUUGUUCCUUAUCCGCAGCUGAGUCCUUCUCGUUCUUGUAAAGAACCUCACAAAAGCAUCCAAGAGAUUGCCAAAAGUUUAGUAGGUUCAGUGCUUCCUGUGAAGGUUGUUCAAGCCGACGAGGAGAAUAGGAGGUUAAUAUUAUCUGAGAAGCUCGCAUUGUUUCCAAAGUAUUCGCAGAGAGUUAGUGUGGGAGAUGUAUUUACAGGAAGGGUAGGUUCUGUUGAGGAUUAUGGUGCCUUUGUCCACUUGCUCUUCGACGAUGGUCUCUAUCAUCUGACCGGGCUAGUGCAUAUCUCUGAAGUCUCGUGGGAUUAUGUUCAAGAUGUCAGGGAUGUGCUGCACGAGGGUGAGGAAGUUCGGGUCAAAGUCACUAACGUGGACCAGGAAAAGUCUAGGAUUACUCUGUCGAUCAGACAACUAGAAGAAGAUCCUCUUCUUGAAACAUUGGACAAAGUGAUUCUGCAGGACGGUUCCACUGGACCUGCUUCUCUAAGCUCGAACAACGGGGAUAAAAUUGAUCCUCUCCUGGGGCUUGAAUCAAUACUCGACGAGUUAUUGCAGGAAGAUGGAAUAGAAGCCGUGAAGAUAAACCGUCAAGGGUUUGAGAAACGGGUUGUUUCACAGGACCUACAGCUUUGGCUCUCAAAUACACCGCCUGCCGAUGGCAAGUUCGUCCUUUUAGCCCGUGCCGGAAGACAGGUGCAGGAGAUACAAUUGGCAACAUCUCUGGAUCAGCAAGGGAUAAAGAAAGCAUUGCAGCGAGUAUUGGAACGUGUCCCAUGAACCACCACAGCUCCUACAAUGGACCAUAUAUAUAUAAUACCCUGGUGAAGAUGAACAGAAAAUACAUACAUUUGAGUUGUAUCUACUUUGUUGUAACUGUAUAUAUAUGUAUGUAUGUAUGUAUUAGAAUUAUUAUAUAUGUCUGUUCUCUGGGAUUGGUUACACCGAUUUUGCUGUAAUGUAAAUGAAAUACAAUGGUUUCUGUAUACAAAAGGUGCAUAGAUCAAAUUUUCA